CUUCCUUUUCUCACUCUAUCUCUCACCAUAUAAGCUGAGGAGGAGAGCAAGUUCCAGGAGAAGAAAGCUGGAGUCCUUGUUUUCUUGCUCGGUUCCUGCCUCGUACAUCUGCAUGGCAAUGGAGAACCACAGCCACCACUAUGAAAGUAGUGAAGCCCAGCUUCCGCCAGGCUUCCGGUUCCACCCCACCGACGAGGAGCUAAUCACCUACUACCUACUCAAGAAAGUUCUCGACAGCAGCUUCACCAGCCGCGCCAUUGCCGAGAUCGACCUGAACAAAUGCGAGCCGUGGGAGCUACCUGAGAAGGCGAAGAUGGGGGAGAAGGAGCGGUAUUUCUUCAGUCUGCGAGACCGCAAGUAUCCGACUGGACUGCGAACGAACCGUGCGACCGACGCCGGGUACUGGAAGGCCACGGGGAAGGACCGCGAAAUCUACAGCUCGAAGACGAUGUCUCUGGUGGGGAUGAAGAAGACGCUAGUGUUCUACCGAGGGAGAGCUCCCAAGGGCGAGAAGAGCAACUGGGUGAUGCAUGAGUACAGGCUCGACGGCAAGUUUGCCUAUCACUUCAUGUCUAGAUCAUCCAAGGAUGAGUGGGUGGUUUCUCGCGUCUUCCAGAAGUGCGCAACCGGGAGCGGGAAGAAAACCCACCUGGCCCUCGCCGGAGGACACUAUUCCGAUUCUUCCGCCGUUAACGGCGGUUACGGUUCUGCAUCGUCGUCUUCCUUGCCACCGCGCCUCGACACGUCUACACUGCCGCCUCCGGCUGUAGCAGUCAAGGCGCCCGAUCGCGAGAGCUGCUGCUCUUUUGAGAGUGCCGCCGGGAGGGAGACGCCCGUGCCCUGCUUCUCCACCGUAUCCUCUACCGCCGUUUCCGGCAUUGGCGUCAAUUUUGCACAAGCUCCUUCCAUCUUCGGCCAUCCGUCUUCUGCGCCUGUAAGCUUCCCGAGCCUUAGGUCGUUGCAAGAGAAUCUCCACCUGCCUUUCUUCUUCACCGGGAUGUCAGCGCCGCUCGCAUAUGCUGUUCCAGCUGCCACAAUGGUGACCGACGUGGGUGUUGGUGGGAGGAGCGAGGGCGCCCGGUGGCCAUCCGACGUCGACCGGAAGACGGAUACCUGUGGGGAAUUACGGGUCCACCCGAUGCCUCCGAUGGGUUCCACUGAGCUCGACUCCCUUUGGAAUUUCUAAAUCAUCGACCAUGUGUUGUGUCUUCUGCGACUCGGUCUCGAAUUAGCGUAUUGU